UGGCGUCCCGAGCAGGUUAGUUGUAGUUUCGCUUCGCUGCCAGCUAGCAGCCAGUAGCAGCCCGUAGCAGCAGCAGCAGCAUCAACAUCGACAGCAUCGACUCAUCCACAACCUACACCGGAGUGAUUUUGGAAUUCCUCCUUCCCUCCCGGCAAUACGAUCCGCAAUAGUUCCAGCGACUGAUCGAUCGAUCAAAGUGAAAUAACAGCAAAGUUCGUGAAACAGUGUCUACGAUAACCGUCGCGAUCGUGAGUGAGUGAUUAGGAAGCUUUCGGUUCGAGGGUUCAAGAUUGCGCUGAUCGUCGAGUGUCGCGGUGUAAAUCAAAGUGUGUAAAACAAACCAAGUGCCUUCUCCGGGGGCAAGGGUUAGAGGAAGGGAAACAAAACAGUUGCCGAAGAAAGCCAACCCGGUCCCGCGUGUCGGACCUAGAAUGGUAAACAGUUAACCUGAUUUUCUCUCCCGUGGCUCCCGUGGAAAAUGGUACAGUGCGAGUGACCGAAGAAGUCGCGAGUCCCCGAAAAGCUUCCGACCAGUGUCAGUGAAAACCGUGUGACCGCACCGCUAGACCAAGAUUGAAGUCAUCAAUUUCCGGCCCCGGUUCGCCUCCCCGCGCGUGGUGGCAAUCGCGCUGACUGAUAAAUGCGGUCCAGUUUCCCGCGGACUCCGGAUCUCGGACAAUGAAGCUGCGGUUCCUGCUGGGCCGUGCUGUGUGUUUUAAGGAAAAGUGAAAAUAGAAUUUAUGAGCCCCGAGAGAGUGUGUGUCUGAGUGAGUGUGUGUGAGAGAGAGAGAGCAGCAUAAACUGUGAACUGGGUGUCAUUGGACAGUGCGCGAUCCUCUGUUGACAUCAUUUCUCGCGCACCAUCGUUGACAUCGAUCGUGAAGCUGAUAAAACGGAAAGUCUGUGCUGCUGAUCAGCGUGGAUCUGAACAACAUUCCUUCAUCCCUGAGAGCGAGAACCGGUACUGUAUGGUGGCAUGGAACUGCGCAAAAUGAGUACGGCCAAGCAGCAGCAGCAGCAUCAGCAUCAGCAGCAGCAACAGCAACGUGAAGAUCGUCGAUACUCGAUGCCGCACGGGAUGCACGGAACGCUUCCGCCCGGCGCAACGGAUGAUCUGCACGCCUGGUCCAUCUACCGACAAAAUUUGAAUUCAGACUUUGCCGACUCGGCACUCGGAUCGUCGGACAAAUCGCCCAAACCGUACGGUUCCCAGUACCACCGCGAUACGGCCAUCCACAAUCAUCCACGCUACGGACCGAAGCAGAAUCCGAUCAACUCCAAUAUGUACACCUACCUCAAGUUCGGGCUGCCACGUGUGUUCCCACCGAACGGAGGUCAACCGAUGACGAAUGGACGCCCCGGGCGCAACUCCUCCAAAGCGAAUGGCCGGGGACGGGUAAACCGGGGCUACCGGGACAGUACCGGACCGGGCCCGGGCUCAUCCGGUUACGACAGCAGCGAUAACGAGACGAACCGUGGGCGUGUGCCAGCUAACCUAAGGAAAUACCGUAGCGAGUCCGAUUUCCGUGCGAUCGGUGCUACCACCAACUCACGGCCAAGCUCACGAGCCCAAGGCAUACCGCUGGCCGCGCUUAAACAGGCCAACAGCCGUGCCAGUAUAGCGGGCACCCACGUCUACAAUCCGUACGCCACCAACUUGCGGCAUCACAAUCUGCGUUCGCAGAGCGAAGCCGACCUGUUGGCCGAGUGGGACUAUGACGAUUCGCCGACGUACGGGGAGACGCGGCUCUAUCCCGAGGACAUCUACACGACGCAAAGCCGACGGCACUCACUCGCCGGUCUGGUGUACCCGAACAUUCAGGUCCACUGUCUGGACGUGUUGCCCGGAUUGCGCGGCGUAUCACUGCAGGCAAAGGCAGGCGAUCUGUUCGCCAUUAUGGCUACGUCACAGCGUGAGGGAACGGCCCUCGUUGAGGCACUCGCCGGUGUACGGCAGCGGAUGGGUGGUGAAAUCCUGGUCAAUGGGCAGCAGGUCAAUCGUCGUAUCUUGCGCCAGCUCUGCGGUUACGUUUCGGCACUCGAUUCCGCUCCGCUCGAUCCACGCAUGAGCGUUCAGAGUACGCUUUCGUUUGCGGCGGCCCUGCGCGGCCCUUACGAUCGUAGUGAUCUGAAAGAGCGCAUCGAUAUCCUCGUGGAGGAUCUGGGCCUCACGGCGGUCCGGUCGGCGAACGUGUCCCGGUUGACGCACUCGGAAAAGCAAAGACUGAACGUGGCCUGCCAGCUGCUGACGCAGGCUUCGAUCCUGCUGCUCGAUCAGACCACGAUCAACAUGGAUAUCUUCGAUACGUUCUUCCUGGUGGAGUAUCUGCGCCAGUGGUGCAGUGCUGGACGUAUCGUCAUUAUGACCCUGCAACCGCCCACCUUCGAGAUCCUCUCGAUGUGCUCCGGUGUGUUGCUGCUGUCCGGAGGUCGUACCGUUUACUCGGGCAGUCGAGCCGAUCUGCCACGCCAUAUGGGCCAGCUGGGGUAUCCGUGUCCACCGUUCAAGAACCCUGCCGAUUACUACCUGGAUCUGGUGACGCUCGACGAUCUGUCGGCGGCCGCAAUGCUCGAGUCGUCUGCACGCAUCGAAUCCCUGGCCAACUCGUGGGAUCACGUCAAUGCGGAACCACCGCUAGCGGCCCCGGUGGCCAACCUGCCGGAACCGACCAGAAGUGCCGGUUUCUUUAGCCAGAUCAACGCCCUAGCCAAGAGGUAUAUGUCGUACAAGCAACCAGGAUCACUGCUCACUUGGAUCAGCAGAUUGAUUCUUGCCGCCGUUCUCUCGUUGUUUAUCGGUUGUAUCUUCUGGGACGUACCCGCAUCGGAUCCUCAGCUCAAUCUCAACGAUCGUCUUGGCUAUCACCACUGCAUGAUGAUGGUCGCCCUGUGGCCACUGCUGCUGCUACAGAUCCGUGACGUCCAGGAGGAUCGCCGGCACGCCGAGAAGGACCUGAAGCUGGGACUGUACGGUCGAUUCCUGUACAUCAUCAUCCAAAGUACGCUCAGCGUGAUGCCAAGUCUGUGCAUCUGGCUGGCCUAUCUGCUCCCGGCGCACAGUAUGGCCGGACUCUACUCCUACACGACCAACAACGAUACCGGCAUCUAUCUCUACAUGGGUUACAUGCUACUCUACCUUAUGGCCAUACAGACGAUCGUAUUGUUCAUUGCCCAUCUGGUUCCGUGCGGGAUUACCGCGACGAUCGUUACCACGCUCGCCCUGCUGCUCAUGGCCUCCGUCGGUGGCUAUGCCGUCCAUGUGGCCAACGUACCCGAGUACCUGCGGUGGAUGGAGCUGAUCACACCCCAGAAGUGGCUUACGCCGCUACUAACCGAAACCGAGUACAGUGCCGAAACGUUGGUCAGCAUUACCAGCCAGCAGCAGUGUCGCAACAAGCAGGUCCAGUACACUGAGAUCAUCGUACAGCAACCGUGUCCCCCACCGAAUGGUACCUCCUUCCUGGCCGACCAUCACCUGCUACAGCGCGACCACAUCCUGGACACCGGGGACAUGUACACCUCGACCGUGCUCGGACUGCUGAUCACCUGUAUCAUCUUCUUCGCCCUCACCAUGUUCGUCUUCCUCGUCAACUGUCAGUCGUUGCUGCGGAAGAAAAAUCCACGCCACGGCAAACGUGUCUAGGAUGCGCGGAGUGCACCAUUUCAUGCCCAUUUCCCGGUCAGACCACGGAACGGACGCCGAACGGCUCUGCACUAGAAACGGUCCUUAGAGGAAGCACUUAGAGUAGGAGGGGUAAGAGUAGGAGGUAGAGGUAGCUAGGAAAACAGUGCCCAAGUUGCGGUGGUCGCGUAAACGUGUAAAAGUGCUAGUUAAAUUUUAAUUUUACUCUUCAUUUCCUUCCCCCGUUGGAACAUCCCGUGUUCCCGGCGCUCGUAUUAGUCGGCGGAAAGCGGCGUAAUUUCAAUGCAACACCACCCCACAAACCCACACGCUAGGUUAUGUUUCGUUAUGUAUUAAUGAGCUUAUGAUCAUUUGUCCAGAUCCGGCGAGAAGUAGACGAUAGGAAAAUAGGAGAACUGAUGGUGAGGAGAGCGAAAGAGAGGAUAGAAUUUUUACUCAAUCACUUCUCGACACGGCUGCAACCAUCGAGGUGGGUGCGUGUGGAGAAGUGUUGUAAGUUUUAUAUAAAAACAAAUACCCGAAUACUUCCAUUGUGUAGGUAGGCUAUAGGCAUUUAAAGGAUCCGGGAUGCGGUUAUAAGAUGACGCCCCGGUUCAUACGUUCGCGCAUUCACCAACAGGCAAUGAGGAUAACUUUUUUUUUUAAUAAAAGACAAACAAAUAUG